GAACGUUCAGCGGGUUUGAUACAUUUCAGGUUCCAUUGAGAAAACCCCGAGUCGGACCCUAGUGGCCGCCGGUGGGAGCCCGGGUUCCCCCCUCCCCGCCAGCGGGACGGUGCCGAGACACAAGCUGGGAGCCCGGGGCCCGUCUCCCCGCGCCGGGGCUCCGAACCCUCCCUCCCCAGCCCUGGGAGCGCCUGGCGGGCAUGAGAGCCGGGUGCCUGCCACCCUCCCGCGUUGCCACCGACCUGCCGCCGUCCGAGCAGCCGGAGGAGGGACCGGGCACGCUGACUGCCGAGCAAUGUCCAGGAGGAAACAGAGCAACCCCAGGCAGAUCAAACGUUCCUUUGGGGAGAUGGAGGAAGGUGACGACGUCCCGGCGGAGGAGAAUAGCCAAGCUGAGAGAGAGGGUGCAGCAUCAGCCCAAAAUGGAUCUGCAGAGUGUGAUGCCUCAAGCCCUGCUGGCGGUGAAGAAGCAGAGUCCAAAGAAGCCUCGGAAAGUCCGAAGGAGUCAAAAAAGGAGGAGCCUGGAGAAAAUCCGCAGGAGCCGAACCCAUGGACUGGGCCAGAUGAGCUGGAGCUGGUCACGGUGGAGGGGGAGAGCAGAGUGCGUGCUAGGCGGAGCCUGCCGGAGGGAUUGUCCUGGGGGCCGUACCCAGGGAAUAUCCACAGCGAGCCAGCGUCUCCAGGGCAGAGCGAGACGAGUCCGCCUGUGACGCUGAUGCUGGGGGACGAGCGCUGCUGGCUGUCCAGGCUGACCCUGGUGUCCGGAGAAGCCGACGCCAACUCGGUGAUCUACAGGAAGGGUGAAUUGAUCUGGUGCAAAACCACCCAGGCCAUUGUGGAAAAGGAGCUGCUGAGUGCCUUUGUUAUGGCCGAGCCACAGGGCAUCCCGAACCACACUGUGAAAUCGGAGCCCGGGGACUCCACCUACCCAGCCAUGCUGCAUGCGGACAUACAGCUUCUGCCCCAGCAGGCGGGCAUGGCAGCCAUCCUGGCCACAGCUGUCGUUAACAAGGAUGUCUUCCCCUGCAAGGACUGCGGCAUCUGGUACCGGAGCGAGCGGAACCUGCAGGCCCACCUCAUGUACUACUGCGCCAGCCGCCAGAGCUCCAGCUCGCCCGCCGUGGACGAGAAGCCCAAGGAGACCUACCCCAACGAGCGCGUCUGCCCCUUCCCGCAGUGCAAGAAGAGCUGCCCCAGCGCCAGCUCCCUGGAGAUUCACAUGCGCAGUCACAGCGGAGAGAGGCCGUUCGUGUGCCUGAUCUGCCUCUCCGCCUUCACCACGAAAGCCAACUGUGAGCGUCACCUGAAGGUGCACACGGACACUCUGAACGGAGUCUGCCACAGCUGCGGCUUUAUUUCCACCACCCGGGACAUCCUGUACAGCCACUUGGUAACCAACCACAUGAUCUGCCAGCCAGGCUCCAAGGGCGAGGUGUAUUCUCCUGGGCCCGGGCUCCCAGCCGCCAAGCCACUGGCGCCAGGUACGAGCCAGCCGAGCGGGACCCCCAUCCUGAAGUGCAGCCUCUGCGGCUCCGUGGCCGACAGCCUGGCCAGCCUCCGGCAGCACGUGGUACUGCAUGGCCCGCCGCCCGCUGUCUUCGGAGGGGCAGAGCCCACAUCGGCCCUGGCACAGCCGGAGUCCCCUGCCAACCCCCAGGCGGUGAAGCCGUCCCUGGCGGACGAGGUGGAGAACGGCGAGGCCAGGCCCCCCCAGGCAGAAGGCUGCCCCUCAGCCUCGUCUUCCUCAGGUGAGGUGGCACCACCCCUCAGGAUCAAGGAGGAGCCCACGGACAGCCCCGGAGGGGAGGGUGAGGUGGCCAAAGGCACCCCCCCGGCAGAGCCGGCUGCCAGCCCCAGGUCGGAGCCGGAAGCCUCCUCUAGGGCCUCGUCCCCGCGCAGCCUGCACUCGGUGAAGGUGAAGUCGGAGAUCGCCAGCCCCACGCCGGGGUCUAGCCCGGUGCCCAGCGAGCCGGGGGUGGGCACAGCCGGCGGCACCGUCUUCCUGCCCCAGUACGUGUUCGGCCACGAGGCCACGGUCGUGCCCCAGGCCUCCGAGAUCCUGGCCAAGAUGUCCGAACUGGUGCACAGCCGGCUCAAGCAGGGGCACGGCACGGUGCCCCCGGCCCUCUACCCCAGCACCCCGGUGCCCAAGGGCGCCACCUGCUUCGAGUGCGAGAUCACCUUCAACAACAUCAACAACUACUACGUGCACAAGCGCCUCUACUGCUCCAGCCGCCACCUGGCCGAGGACAGCCCGCCCGGCGCCCGCAAGGCCAAAGCCCCGCCCGCCACCCCCAAGGGCCCGGCCACGCCCGGGGCUCUGCUCUCACCCCAGCCGCCCGCGGCCGUCGAAGGCCAGGGGCCGCCCUCGCAGGAAGGGGAGGCUGAGAGGGACGCCAGCCCGCCUGCCCCUGCCGCAGAGGCCAAGCCGGAGAUCAAGGUGGAGGAGGGCGGUGCCAAGGCAGGCUCCCCCGAGGCGGAUGGGGCCGGCCGGGCCAGCGAGGACAGCCAGAGCCCCAGCAGCUCGGUGGAUGACGCGGACGACGACCCCAGCAAGACGGUGUGCGAGGCGUGCAACAUCCGCUUCAGCCGCCACGAGACCUACAUGGUGCACAAGCGCUUCUACUGCGCCUCGCGCCACGACCCGCCCCUGCGCCGGCCCAACGCCCCCAAGGUGCCCUUCCUGCACCAGCCCGUCCGCACCCGCAAGCGCCGCAAGCUCUACGAAAUCCACGGCGCCGCCAGCCCUGCCCUGGGACCGGCCCACCACCUGGUUGAGCAGCUGGCAGGGGGCCUGGCCGGCGCCGCAGACCCGCUGGCAGGGGGCACCCGACCCGAGGUCCCUCCCAUGCUGUCGGCUCUCAUCUCUGUGGCUAAGGUCCAUAGCACCGCCCCCUCCCCCAGCUCCAGCCCCGAUGCCGACGGCCCCAUUGACUUGAGCAAGAAGCCCCGGCUGCAGGGCGAGGUGCUGCCCGCCUCACUGCCGCCCCUGGCGGACUACCACGAGUGCACGGCCUGCCGCAUCAGCUUCAACAGCCUGGACAGCUACCUGGCCCACAAGAAGUACUACUGCCCCGCCGUGCCCCUCCAGGCCGGCACCCUGCAGCAGCUGCACCAGAUCAAGGGGCCCGCGCCCCCCCCCUCGAAAGGCCGGGGCAGUGGUGCCCCUGAGAGCCCGGACGUGCCGGGCGAGGAGCCCGACGGGGUGCGGGUCAAGGUGGAGAAGGCGGUGCUGUCGGCGAGCCCCGGGGCCCUGGUGGCCAAACCCCUGGCCCUGCCAGCCACGUACCCCUGUGCCUCCGGCGUGGACUCCCUGCAGCGCUACACCAGCCCCAAAGCCCUCCCCCUCCUGGGGGCCAAGGUCCCGCUGGCCGGCUGCCCCUACUGCCCACUCAAUGGGGCCGUCAAGGGAGACCUGCUCGAGCACUUCCGUAACGCCCACGGGCUCCUCGGAGCCGGCCCCGGACUGCCAGAGGCCGUGCUCCAAGCUGCCGCCAGGACACCGGCCGGCUGCGCUCCGGAGAGCAGCCUGCCUCCCCUGCCCGCGGCCUCCCCACCCCAGCCCCUCGCCAGGCUCCGCAAGGACAGCUUCAACGGCAAGGAGCCCGCCGCUUCCUCGGCCUCCAACGGCAGCCCCCUGCCCGCAGGCUCCCCCCGGCCCAGCCUGCCCGUCUCGCCCGCCGCCCCUUUGAACGUGUCACCGGUGCCUGAGGCUCUGAGGGAGCCUGGGCUCACGCCCGGCUACACGGACAAGAGCGUGCAGACGGCGCCCAGCAAGGCCCUGCUCAGCCCCGUCCCCAACGGCAACCACAGAUACUGUCGCCUCUGCAACAUCAAGUUCAGCAGCCUGUCCACCUUCAUCGCCCACAAGAAGUAUUACUGCUCCUCCCACGCCGCCGAGCACGUCAAGUGACCCUGCCCCACCCCAGCUCACGCCCCGCGGCGCUGGCUCCGGCCCGGCGACGGAUUCGAAAGCGGGACUCGCCCCAAGCCAGGGCCCUGCGGGAGGCUGGAACGGGGGGCGGGGGGGCGGCUCUUCUGAAAGUGUCCACUGAGGCCGAGAGAGGGACACACCCAGCCUGCGCUGGACCCAUGCCCAUGGCUACAUGCUGCCCCCCUGUAUGUUACACAAGCUGGAGGGAGGGAGUGUUCCCUGCUACCGCAUUCUGGGUUGUGUAUGUCUAAAGGCAGCCCCCCCUCGCCCACCUUCUCCCCGACACACCUGCCCACUGCAGGGGUCUCGUUCUGACUCGGUGCUGGUUCUGCAGCAUGGGCUGCCUCCCUGCUCCCCAGCGCUGGUCGAGGCGAUUUUUCUAGGUUUGGGGGCAAAUUUGCAGAAAUUCGAUUCUCUCCUUCCCUCUCCCAGGCCUCGCUCCAGCCUCUCACAAUCAGCCUCCGACAGGCGCUUUGGCACUUUGGUUUGGAGGUGGGGAAACUGAGGCACGGCUCCUCUGCCCAGGUCAUGCAGGAAGUUGGUAGAGAGCCCAGCUCCCCUGACUCCCAGCCCUGCGCUGAGCCCCCCUGGGCCAGGCCGGCUCGUAAACAGCCUGUUGGAAUAGCAGGGGGUGUUGGCAGCACAGGCCGAAGGGGCUUGAGCAGAAAACCCUUCGCCAGCUUGUGUCCCUGGGGCCCAGAAAUCCUUUAGGGGAGCACCAGCCUCAUUCUCCCCUUGGCCAACCCCUUGGCCGCUGGCUGAGAGCCUUGCACUGGCAUAGGCAGCUCAGGGAGGCUGCCUGGCACCCUUAGCCCAGCACUGGGCACCCCUGGGUGCCAACUUCUUCUGCAUCCACCUGAAUGCCUCUACCGGUGCCCAGUUGCUCACCCAGUCGGUGCAGCCUCGGGACCCGGGCUGUGCCCCUGGGCACGGGGGCAGUUCUAGGGCACGUCCCCUUUCGCGGUGCGGCCCCAGUGGAGUUGGUGGAAGCUGGGCCCGGGCAGCGCUGUGCCCUAGGAUGGGGCUGGAGGUAUUGGUGGCUCUUCGCUCUUGCUGGGGCGAGGGCAGGCUGGUGAGGGCGCUAGGUUGGUUUCUCAGAGCUAGCAGGAGAGACCAGGAGUCUGGGCAAAUAUCCCCCGUCCCCACCUGUCUGCAGACUCCCUCCCUUCUGUAAGGGGCUGCCCCCUGCACAGCACAGCCAUAGCAGUGAUGCCUGGAUUCUCCUUUCUGGGGGCCCGGGCAAGGCUCACAGACCCCUCCCCCCCCGAGGCCCAGGCCCCAUUCUUCUUUGGAGCCACCCUCUGGGUCUUUUCUCCAGAGCUCCCUGCGUCGUGUGUGCCCCCUCCCAUCCCCCAUCGAGCCUGUGCCGGGGCGGGGCGGGGGAGUGAAACCGACGGGGACUGGAACAAGAAACAAGACAGCACUGAAGAUGAGACUGAAGCCUACACGUGUGUGUAUAAGCAUGUACAUAAAUA